AUGCGGCGGAAUAGAUCUGUCGAGUCAAUUGAGACAGAGUACGACACUAGGAGGUCUAAGCAAUUUGGAUCUCAUCUGCAACCGAUGUCAGCACACCGCACAGUUCACCAGAGGAAGCUGUCAUGCGAGGAGAUCAUUAAUGAGAUGGAGAAAGAGCAGGAUGCCAUGGUAGUCCGAUUGCUUCGAGAAGUGGAACGAUUGAGAGAGGAAAACGUGUUCCUGCGGAAACAGCUGGCUCACUCAUCGAGGAGCAGCAGCGAGAGGGAUCUCAAUUAUGCAGAUGAAUACGCUUCGAACUACCAUUACAGCCUUUCGGAGGCCUCUUCAUCGCCCAGAAAUUCGCUGGCGUCGAGGGGAAGUAGACCAAGUCUUGUAGCUGUCGGUUCCGCAAACCACACCUUUCCUGCGGAGUCUUCCAUGUCCAGCCAGUCGCUUCAGAGGGAACGAGGGUCAAACUCGGCUACUUCAGGCGGUUCUUCCAGCGUUCUGCUCAGCGAGGGCACAGAGAGACGCAGCGUGACAGAUAUCGACCCUAGAGUGAAAAUACCCCGAGGUUGGGCACUGUCCGUAGAUCCAGCAGCCCGUCUUGCGGACGAGCGUGGUGUUGAUACGACAAGGAAACUACAGGAAUAUAAGCUUAGAUGA